AUGCGCCUUGCACCUAUCCUGACCAUCCUGACUGCUGCUAUCACCAUGUCUUCCGCAAAAACCACCACCACCCCAGAGGGCCUCGUCAUCGAGGUCACCAAGGCCGUCGAGAACUGCGACCGCCGCACCGUCAAGGGCGACAGCGUCAAGAUGCACUACCGUGGCACCCUGAAGGACACUGGCAAGAAAUUCGAUGCCAGCUACGACCGUGGUCAGCCAUUGGCCUUCACCGUCGGUGCCGGUCAGGUCAUCAAGGGAUGGGACCAAGGACUCCUUGAUAUGUGCGUUGGCGAGAAGAGGACGCUCACCAUCCCACCAGCUCUCGCCUACGGUGACCGCGGAGUUGGCCCUAUCCCCGGAGGCGCCACCCUCGUCUUCGAGACCGAGUUGGUCGAGAUCUCCAAGAGCGAGCUUUAG